AUGUUUCAGAGAACCUUCCUCAGACAGGCCCAGCGGUCUUUGCUGUCCGUCCGCUCGACGUCAGCCACCACAUCGGCCCUCCGCACGUCACAGCUCUCCCAGUCGGUUCGCCCAAUUGCCCGUCAAUCCGCCUACCGUCUCUACUCCACUGAGAACAAGCCUGAGAAUGGCGAGAAGAAGGAGAAUGAAGCUAAGGAGGCUGAGGCCGAGGACCCCGUCCGCAAGGAGCUGGAGGAGAAGAACAAGGAGGUCGUUGACCUGAAGGACAAGUACCGUCGUUCCGUUGCCGACUUCCUCAACCUCCAGGAGCGUACCAAGCGCGAGAUGGACAACUCCCGUAACUUCGCCAUCCAGCGUUUCGCUGCCGACCUCCUCGAGAGUAUCGACAACUUCGACCGCGCGCUGCUUGCUGUGCCCAAGGACAAGCUCAGCGCUCCCCAGACCGAGGAGAACAAGGACCUGUUGGAGCUUGUUUCCGGUCUCAAGAUGACCCAGAACAUCCUGUUGAACACCCUCAAGAAGCACGGUCUGGAGCGGUUCGACCCCAGCGAGCCCACUGAGGACGGAAAGACCCAGAAGUUCGACCCCAACGUCCACGAAGCCACCUUCAUGGCUAAGGUCGAGGGCAAGGAGGACGGCGACAUCAUGUACACCCAGAGCACUGGUUUCCGCCUCAACGGCCGCGUCCUGCGGGCUGCCAAGGUCGGUGUUGUCAAGAACACCUAA